AAUAUGACUCCACACCUUCGUUCUAGAUAAGCUCUUUUGGCCAUGGCAGAGCCACCCUUCUAAAACAACAGUAAUAAGCAAAAAAACCUCUGCCAUUCUCUCUCAUGGCCCUUUCCACUGCCUUCAUUACUGCUGCACUGACAACUCCUCCCACUAGGGGAAUUCCCAGAAAAGCAUCAGGAAAAAUUGCGACAUGUUUGGCGUCGAAAACUCGUUUAAAUGCAACAAAAAAGGGUGGAAGGUCAAGUGUUUGUGAACCACUUCCUCCGGAUAGGCCAUUGUGGUUCCCUGGUACUUCACCCCCUGAGUGGCUUGAUGGCAGCCUUCCCGGAGACUUUGGCUUCGACCCACUUGGUUUAGGGUCCGACCCAGAUUCACUCAAAUGGUUUGCACAAGCGGAGCUAAUGCACAGCAGAUGGGCAAUGCUCGCCGUCGCAGGAAUUCUCUUCCCAGAAUGGCUAGAAACCUGGGGUAGAAUCGAAAACUACUCUUGGUUCGACGCGGGUGCAAUAGAAUACUUCGCUGACCCAAUCACCUUAUUUGUGGUCCAAAUGAUUCUCAUGGGUUGGGUUGAAGGACGGAGAUGGGCCGAUAUGCUCAACCCGGGGUGCGUUGACAUGGAGUUUGAUUUACCCCAUAAGACGAAACCGAAACCUGAUGUGGGUUACCCAGGCGGGUUAUGGUUCGAUCCCCUAAUGUGGGGGCGAGGGUCUCCACAGCCUGUGAUGGUGUUGAGGACUAAAGAGAUCAAGAAUGGGCGGCUUGCUAUGCUUGCUUUCGUUGGUUUUUGCUUCCAAGCUGUUUAUACCGGACAAGGACCCCUUGAGAAUUUGGCGGCUCACAUUGCAGAUCCCGGCCACUGCAACAUCUUUUCGGCUUUCACAUCACAGUGUGUUGUGAACUAGAGCCAGAGGCCAGGAUUCAUGUAAAAUUUUGAUGUCUCUUUGUGUUGUUUGAGCAAAGCAAGUGUACAAACUACAUUUUUUGCUAUUUUACCUAAGAGAAACAUAAAAAAUAGUCUACACCAAAUGAGCUAAAAGAUGAGCUAAAAUGCAUUUGUGAAUAGUUGUUCUCUAUUUUUACCUAUGCAUUAUUCGUA